AUGAGCCGAUUAUUGAUCGUUCUAAUUACGGGAGUUAUUGUUUUUGACAUUCCAAAGCUUGCCAUUGAUAUCUUAAAAGCUCAGGCAAGCUAUAGAGAUCAAACAAAUGAACGAUAUAUUCGCUGGACUUUGAUGAAUGAUGAGAGUUUGUGGAGCGAGUUUUACAAUUUGUUAACAAUUGAGGCACUUUGCCCGGGUCGAGUUCGUGUUGGCGGAGUGGAGGAUGGAGGGAAAUGGCUUUGCGCUCCUUGGAAAGUCCCAACCAAUUGCACAAUUUUCUCUGUUGGUUUGAUGAAUGAUGUGAAAUUUGAGAAAGAUCUCUUUGAGAAAUUUGGUCUUAAAUGUGGUUUGCUUGGAAUCGAUCAGAUUGAACAAGGUUAUCUAACAAGGAGUACAUAUCAGAAACUUGGCGGAGAAGUGGUGACGGGAGUGGUCGUUUCAAAACAAGAAAAAGGCCAAGAAUCUCCGUCAAAUCAAUUCGUUUUGGAAAAUAUUGUAAAGAGCCAUGGUUGGAAAAAUAUUGAUAUCUUAAAAAUAGAUCUUGAAGCAGUUGAAUACAAUGUCUUGCCAGAGUUUUUGGCGAUUUAUAAACCAUGUCAGCUUUUAAUCGAAACUCACUACGGUAUCCGUCCCACUGUCGGUUUCUUGGGGAAAAUCAGUGUCUUUGAUUAUUGGCUGUACUCAUUUGAGGUAAAUGAUGGUGCUUUCAAUGCUUGUGAAUACUCAUUCAUUCAUCAAUCUUGUCUUGAACACUAUGGUGCAUAUGGAUUGGCUCGUUUUUUGUCC